AUGAAUUUGCUCGUUCUUUUGUUACUAACAGUUCCAGCGUGCUUGGCACAAUUCUCGAUACAAGGACCCAGUGACGGGAAUCGAGUCGCCCAGGGUUUACGAAUAGAGGAAGGGAAAGGAAUCCAAUACACAGAUCAAAAUGAAUCAAACGAAGGUGGCUUUAGUAUUACAGGCGCAACAGACGGUAACGCUCAAAUACAAGGUGCUAGCGAUGGUCAUUCUAAUUUUCGAAUUCAUGGUGCCAGUCGCGGCCCAGCGGAAAGCUACAAUGUACAAGGACCUAGUGCAGGGUCAUAUAACAUCCAAGGAUCAACGGAUGGGCAUAGUCAUUCAAUUAUUCAAGGCUCCUACGAUGGUAAUUCAGGGUCUGCGAAAUCUCUUCAGUACAAUGAUCCCAGUGGACUAAGAGUGAACUGGAGAUCAUUUGAUCGGCAACCACAACCAAGGGCACAACAGACAGCACAAUACUCGGAAGCUGCAAUCGCAAGUGCACCAAGAGCGCCACAACGGCAAAGGGCUCAUGCACCAAGGCAACCGCAACCACCACCACAACCCGAACCAUUUGCUUUACAACAGUCGAGGCCUUUGGAUAAUGCACCUACGCAAAUCAAGCAGCUUCUCCAAUUGCAAGCACAACUUCCAUACGUUAAUAUCAUUCCUGAACCGUAUAGAUAUGAAAAUUUGUUAGCAUCACAAGGUAAUCAACGACCUGAGUAUCAACCUGAGUUUCAACCUGAGUAUCAACCUCGGUAUCAACCUGAAGCCCAAGAAGAACCGGCCCCUUCACCACGACGACCAGCUUAUCGUGGGAAACCACGUGGUCCGCCUAGACAUAGGCGACAGGCGCCACAACACAGACCGGAAGCUGCACCGCAACAGCAGCACCGCAGACUUCCGCAACCACCGGCUGAACCUCAAAUUAAAUAUAAUCCUAAUCUACCGCCUCAGCUUCAACAACUGUUGAAAUACCAGGCCGAAACUCCGUAUGUCAACUUAAUUCCUGAACAAUACAGAUUUAAUCCGGAGCCAGCCGCCCAAAUGCAAGUAGAGCAGGUCCGUAACUACUACCAAGAUCUUUUAAGACAGCAACCGACAUCUCCUACCGUACACACAGUACCACCAGUGGUCGCGCCUGCCCCACAACGAAUACGAGGUCCACCACAAGAUCCGCAAUCAGGUUCGGCGUAUUCUAGACCAAGAAGACAAGCUCCACAUCAACGACAGCUACGACCGCAACAAUUACCAGCUGAACCAGUACCACAAUAUUCCACCAAUGUUCCUGGUCAAAUUCAGAGUUUAUUGAAAUACCAAGCACAAAUUCCUUAUAACAUUAUUGCUAAUCAGAUCGAUUAUCGUCUUGACAAGCCAUACGUGCCUCAGCCAAUUAAACCUACUGGCGCUCCGGAAGUUCAAUAUCAACCUCCAAAUCAAUAUCAAAGUCAAAGUCAAUAUCAAGGACAGAGUCAAUAUCAAGAACAAAAUCAAUAUCAAAGUCAAAAUCAGUAUCAAGAUCAAAACCAAUAUCAAAGCCAGAUUCAAUCACCAGACGCGUACCAAGGUCAAUCAAGUGGAUAUAGCCAAGUCUAUACAUCGCAGUCACAGUACACUCAGGCUCAAUUUGGAGCACAAGAACCUGAGCAUGGAGUUCGUCCUGUUACCGAAAGACAAUAUUGA